AUGAGGAGCUCUGCUGCUGUAGUGUUUGUGAGUCUGCUCCCCACGCUGUUGUGGGAUCCUAAUGGAGUGUCUGCCUUUUCAGCGGUUGUGAACAACGAUGGCGGUGGCCGUAUGACGAGUAAAAGUCGACGGGGCCGUAUCCGACGUUCUGCAGUGGCGACAAGGGAUCUUCGGACCAUGCCUAGUAGGACAUUGAAAGAGUCGUCGUCAUCGCCCAAACCAUCACUGAAGGGUUUGGGGAUUGACUUGCCCCGUGGCUUGGCAGAAUCUUUAGAAAAGAAUGCCGAAGUAUUCCGCAAACACAUUUGGAUUUGUGAUAACAGCGGAAGUAUGAACAUGGGAGAUGGCCAUCAACAGAACUUGCUGCGCAUCGACUGUGGUGGAUCUAACAACACUAACAGCAACGGUGUCACGACCACCAAGGACUGCACUCGAUGGGGAGAAGUUCAAGAGACUGUCAAUAUCCAUGCUCAGUUGGCCGCCACCCUGGGAGCUCCUACGGAUUUCAAACUGUUGAAUCCUCCCAAGAGCGGGGGACAACAGACCUUUCGAGUGGGAUACUGCGGCAAGAGAAGACUGCCAUUUGCUAAUCCCUUUGCCAGGCGAAGAAACGGAGGAGAUCCAACCGAGCAAAUGAAAAAUGUCUUAGCCAAAACCAAACCGGCGGGCAUGACACCCCUCCCCGUGUGCAUCGAGCAAGUCCGCAAUGAAGUCAUCAGUAUGUUACCCCAGCUACAAGCCGAGGGAAGUAAGGUAUCCAUCAUUAUCGCCACGGACGGAUGCAACCACAACUUGGACAACGUGGGAUCGUCCAUGACAGAAGAAGAACGGAAUCAAGAAAUCAUUCAAGCACUCGAAUCGCUGCAAGAUUUACCUGUCUCUGUCGUCAUUCGAUUGUGCACGGACUAUAAACCGCUCGUAGACUUUUACAACUCUCUCGACGAACGAUUCGACUGGGACUUGACAGUCGAUGUGCUGGAUGAUCAUAAAGCGGAAGCAGUGGAAGUCAACGGGCACAAUCCAUGGAUCAAUUAUGCACUCUUGCUUCAUCGCAUCAGGGAGAUGGGACACUACCACCCAGUCCUUGACCUCCUGGAUGAACGGCCUCUGACUCCCAGAGAAGUACGAGACUUUGCAAGACUCUUGUACGGUACCUACCGUUUCAGUAGUACCAGUCUGGAUGACGGCGAGGAGGACGGAGACUUUGCUUGGUCCAUUCGUCUCCUGGAGGAAAUUAGUGAUAUCCAACAGCAUGUCGAAACCAGAAAGCAUUGGAAUCCUCGAACCAACGACAAGGAACCUUUGAUCGAUAUCAAGCAGCUGGCACACUACUUGCUCGAUGAUAAAACACCGCAAUUGCUGCCAUAA